UACCUUUCCUGUCAAUUUGGGCCACGUCCCACCACUCUCGUAGCCCUCGAUUUCUGGAGAGAGAGAGAGUGUGCGUUUUUUUUUUGGCCGUUUUCCAAACAGUGCAUUUCCAGAUUCUUUCUUGUUUUGAAACUUAACAUAGUAUCACCCACAUAAUCGUUUACAAUUCAUCUCUCUCUCUCUCUCUCUCUCUCUGAGAAUUUAACAAUGGAAGGUGCACUUUUCUCUCUCUUUAUCUCUCCAUGAAUCCCACCUUGCUUUGCUUGCCACCCAUCUUGCUCCCAAACCAAGUAAAGAAGCCAAGAAAAGAGAGCAAAAAAAAAGUGGAAAUCAUUCAAACCCAGUUCGCCAUGAGUGUUGUUUUGCUUCUACACCACACCUCUCCACUGUUUCUCUCUCAUCUUCUUCUCUGAAUCUCUCUCUCCAACCCACAUGCCCAAAUCUACUUCUAACCCCCAAAUGUCCAAAAACCCAUCUCAAGAAUUGGCAACAAUGCCUACUUACUUCGAUUACUUCAAGAAAUUCAAGAAAUUUAAACUCUUUGAGCCCUCUGUGGGCAUAUUGGGCUUCUUUCUUGUUACAGUCUGCAUCAUAUGUUGUUUCUUUUACUUGGAUUAUAGAGCUGUGGCGAAAGGGUUUAGGAUUUCAGGAAAUUCUGAUAGGUUUUUUAGGUUGAAAUUUGGUGAGAAUGGUCACGAGGACAAAAAGGUUGAGUUUUUGGCUGAGAAGGGUGGCGGGUGUGACGUGUUUGAUGGUGAUUGGGUGUGGGAUGAGACUUAUCCGCUGUACCAAUCAAGGGAUUGUAGGUUCAUGGAUGAUGGGUUUAGGUGUUCUGAGAAUGGACGGCCUGAUUUGUUCUACACCAAGUGGCGUUGGCAGCCCAAAGAUUGCAACUUGCCCAGAUUUGACCCAAAAGUGAUGUUGGAGAAAUUGCGAAACAAGCGGGUAGUAUUUGUUGGAGACUCAAUUGGAAGAAACCAAUGGGAGUCCCUCCUAUGCAUGCUUUCUUCUGCAGUUCCAAAUAAAGACUCCAUAUAUGAAGUGAAUGGCAGCCCGAUCACGAAUCACAAAGGGUUCUUAUUGUUCAAGUUUGCGGAUUAUAACUGCACCGUGGAGUACUAUAGGGCUCCAUUUCUUGUACUUCAGAGCAGACCUCCUACUGGAUCUCCACGAAAAAUAAAAACUACCUUGAAACUGGAUCAAAUGGAUUGGAGCUCUACAAAGUGGAGAGAUGCAGAUGUGCUGGUUUUCAACACAGGACAUUGGUGGAAUUUUGAGAAGACCUUAAGAGGGGGUUGUUACUUCCAAGAAGGUGCAAAGGUGAAGAUGGAGAUGGAAGUUGACACUGCAUACAUCAAGUCCUUGGAUACUGUGCUAGAUUGGAUACAUCGUGAAGUGAAUACAAGCAAGACCCAGGUUUUCUUCCGCACAUACGCCCCUGUGCAUUUCAGAGGUGGCGAUUGGAGGACCGGGGGAAGCUGCCACAUGGAAACACUCCCAGAGCUGGGCUCCUCAUUGGUGCCACCCCAAACGUGGGCCCAAUACAACAUACUCGGUAACGUUUUAUCAUCUCACUCAAAUGCAUCGAAGUUAGGGACAGUGGACGUAUUGAACGUAACCGUCAUGACUUCGCAAAGGAAAGAUGGGCAUUCAUCUCUAUAUUAUCUGGGUCCGAAGGGAGGACCCGCGCCUCUGCAUAGGCAGGACUGCAGCCAUUGGUGUCUUCCUGGAGUCCCUGAUACUUGGAAUGAGCUUCUUUAUGCUUUGUUCUUAAAACGUGAGGAUAGUCGGAAGCUGAAUUCAUCUGCAUUGCAAGCACUAGUAUGAUUAGUGAAGAGAAUCGUAUUCGAGCUUUUCACCAGUGUAAACAGUACAUAAAUGGAAAGGAGAGCAGGAAACUCUUUAUCUUUUUCGAAGUUUAGCCGAUGGGUUUUGGCUUUUUUGAUCAAAGAAGAAGUCCAGUUUUAUGGGCAAACCGGUGGAGAGGGAGUUUUGGUAUAGAAUAUUCUUUAGAAUAAGAACACAAAGGUUUUGUUUUUUUUGGAUUGUACCAAAUAACAAUUACAUGGUGCUAAAUGUGCUUUGCCAUAAUUAAGGCUAGGAGCAAAUUUUGUUUGUAUAAUUAAGGUUUACCAGUGGAAAAUGUAAUGCUUAUGGUACUUCAAAGUUGUAUGCUAUGCAAGUUCCAUUUAAGCAAAGCACCCCAUAUUGAGCUA